UUUAUCUCCAAAACUGCUUUUGAAAAAUCUUUCAACAUGAAAUCCUUUUCGUGUCUUUUGGCCGUUGUUGCCCUCGUGGCAGUGGUGAGCAGUGCUCCCGUCCAGGAAGGUGAAUCCCGCGUUGUGCGACAGGUAGGAGGUUUUGGUGGCUCAGGAUCGGCGGCCAAUGCUGGUGCUCAAUCGUUCAACCAGGGAGGUUUCGGUGGAUUCCCCGGUGGACAUGGUGGACAUGGUGGAUUUGGUGGAUUUUCAGGAUCGGCUGCCUCGGCCGGUAGCCAAUCGUUCACGCAGGGCGGUGGCCACGGAUUCCCUGGUUUCUCUGGAUCGGCUGCCAAUGCCGGUGCUCAGUCGUUCUCGCAGGGAGCGGGUGGAUUCCCAGGAUUCGGUGGUGCUAGCGGAUCUGCCGCCGGUGCCGGUGCACAGUCGUUCGGAGGAUAA